AUGGCUUUAUCCACUGUUAACGUUCUCCUGACCUCUUUCCCCGGUCUGAACCUUCCAUCUACUCUCUCACUACCUCUUCCGUCCACUACCACGAUCUCCCAACUCCAAGAACGGAUUAACGAUCGCCUCCCAAUUCACAACAGUCGCCUUAUCCUUACGACUAUUUCGAAUAAGCAGCUCCCGAGUCUCUCUGAUGCUCCGAUAUCCGACCUACUCUCCGAUGUUCGAGAUGGCUUUCUCUCUCUCCGUCUCUCCCUCCCACUGUGCGGUGGUAAAGGAGGUUUCGGAUCGCAACUGAGAGCAGCAGGAGGUCGGAUGUCCUCCAAGCGAAAGCGCAACCAAGGCGACAGUAAUGGAUCAAGUCGGAACCUGGAUGGGCGCAGACUCAGAACGGUGAACGAGGCGAAAGCCUUGGCUGAGUACUUGGCGAUCAAGCCGGAGAUGGCGAAGAAGGAGAAAGAAGAGCGGAAGAAACGGUGGGAGCAAGUCGUGGAACUUGCAGAGCGUAGAGAGGAGGAGAUUAAGUCAGGCAGUAAAGGCAAGGUUGAUGGAAAAUGGGUUGAGGAUAAGGAAGAGGCAAAUGAAAGAACCAGGGAAGCUGUUCUUGCUGCUAUCAAGGCCGGAAACUACAGGGACAACCUUCUAAGUACGUCACCAGGGACUGCGACCAGCUCUGGGAGUUCUGGUAGCGAAGACGAGGUGAUGGGUGGGACAAGUUCGAAAGAGACGACACCGCCUUCAGAACCAGAGGCCAAGCCAAAGGCAAGGACUUUCUUUGGGUUCGACGAAGACGAUGAGUUUAUGAGCGAUGAUGACGAAGAUUUGGAGGAAGAGGAAGAAGAGGAAGAAGAGGAAGAAGACGAUGGAGAAAAGAUGCAACAAGAGGAUGUCGAAGUGGUUGAAAAGGAACCAACACCCCCUCCGGUGGCUACUAAGGGAAAAGGGAAGGCUACGGCAAAGGCCACAGCCAAAGGAAAGGGUAAAGUCAAGGCUAAAUAA